AUGCUCGUUGUAAAGAGUUUGACCGUCUUCUUGUUGUUGCUGCCCAAAGGACUGGCCAUCCGGUGGAUGGCUCUCCUGCAGGCAGCUUCUUUGUCCAGCGUCGACCAAACCGAGCAAUGCGACAAUUUACCCGGACUCACAAAGCGGCAAGUGAAAAUAUGCAAGAAGAAUCUCGAGGUUAUGGAUUCAGUUCGUCUCGGAGCGGAAGCUGCUCUCAAAGAAUGCCAAUGGCAGUUCAGAGGGAGGAGAUGGAACUGCAGCACGAUAUCCAACUCAACCAAAAUUUUCGGAAAAGCCCUGGCUGAAGGCACCAGGGAAGCUGCUUUUGUCCAUGCCUUAUCUUCGGCGGGUGUGGCGCAUACCGUGACACGUUCCUGCAGCAGCGGAGGUCUCGGCAGGUGUGGAUGUGACAGGACAGUUAGAGGCUACAGUCCGGAAGGAUUCCAGUGGUCCGGUUGUUCGGAUAAUGUGGCUUUCGGCAGCGCUUUCUCAAAAAGCUUCGUGGACAUCCGGGAACUUAAAGGGGCGAGGGGUCCCCGACCCAAACCAUCGUCCCUGGUGAAUUUGCACAACAAUGAAGCAGGGAGAAAGAUUCUGGAAUACAACAUGAAAAUUGAAUGCAAAUGCCAUGGCGUGUCCGGCUCAUGCGAAACUAGGACAUGCUGGCGAGCCCUGCCGGAAUUUCGACGUGUUGGGACAAUCCUGUUGCAACGCUACGACAAUGCUGCUGAAGCACGAAGGCCCGGACAGGGAAAACGCAACAGUCAGCAGCCAUUAUCAGCUUUCUCUUUUAGGCAACAGCACUCUGAUACGGACCUCGUAUAUCUGCAAGCAUCCACAGACUUCUGCGAUGCUCCUGGAACUUUCGGUCGGCCUUGCAACAGUUCUCUGGGAGAACGACCAGGAGGUUGUGACUUACUGUGCUGUGGACGUGGUCACAGCAGUCGUUCCCAAAGAGUUCGCGAACGAUGCGAGUGUAAAUUUCAUUGGUGUUGUUACGUUAAAUGCAUGGAGUGCGAAAGGGAAGUGGAAAUAAACUACUGUCAUUGA